GGCUACACGGCAGGAUUAGCGAGCUCUAGCUGCUUUGCUACCGCUGUUUCAGUAGCUGUGAUUGUCUGGUGAGCAGCGAAUAUUUCCCACUCCUACAGGAUCUCAUGGAGCGCUGGAAGGGCAGGGUGGCACUUGUGACCGGGGCCUCAGUGGGCAUCGGAGCUGCAGUUGCUCGGGCGCUUGUUCAGCAUGGCAUGAAAGUGGUGGGCUGCGCCAGGAGCGUUGAUAAAAUCGAGAAACUGGCUGCUGAAUGUCAGAGUGCCGGCUAUCCAGGCACCUUAUUCCCUUAUAAAUGUGACCUGUCCAAUGAAGAGGAGAUUCUGUCCAUGUUCUCAGCAAUAAAGACACUGCAUCAAGGGGUGGAUGUGUGUAUCAACAAUGCAGGUUUGGCCCGACCAGAGCCUUUGCUGAGCGGCAAGACAGAGGGAUGGAAAACAAUGAUUGAUGUUAAUGUCCUGGCACUCAGUAUCUGCACAAGGGAGGCCUACCAGUCUAUGAAGGAAAGGAAUAUUGAUGAUGGCCAUAUCAUAAACAUCAACAGCAUGAGUGGCCAUAGAGUUGUUCCAACUGCAGUUAUGCACUUUUAUUCAGCUACAAAGUAUGCUGUAACAGCCUUGACAGAAGGCAUCCGGCAAGAGCUCAGAGAAGAAAAGAGUCAUGUCCGAGCCACGAGUAUAUCGCCAGGUCUUGUGGAAACUGAAUUUGCUUUUAAACUCCUUGAUAAUGAUCCGGAGAAGGCUGCUGCAACGUAUGAAAGUAUAAAGUGUCUGAAAGCUGAAGAUAUAGCUAGCACUGUGCUUUAUGUGCUCAGUGCUCCUCCUCAUGUACAGAUUGGCGAUGUUCAGUUGAGGCCUACUGAGCAAAUAUCCUAGGGAUUUAGCACAUGGAAGCUGAGUUUUGAGAGAAGACUUAAUUACAACUUAACAUUCCUUCAAGGGCUAACUUGGAGGAACAUAUUAAGGAUUCUGACUUUUGGAGACUUUUACCCAAGAAGAAAAAAAAAAGAAACAUGGGAAAUAUAUUUUUCUUCUUAAUUAUGUAACCAGUACAAAAAGUACAUUGUUAGCAAAGGAAUUUUGUCUUUGUUUUUUGUUAAUUUAAUUUGUGCUUUUCCCCAAAACUAAAAUAAUUUAAUUGGAAUUAUGGUUCCAGAACACUUCUUUGGUUUGUUCAUCCACAUAACGUCUAAUAGGGAUUGCCUUCCUGUGUCUGUCAGAUCCUUCUGAAUCAAAAUGGUUGAUUUUUUAAUAUUUUGCUUUGGGUCUGGUGAUUGUGUGCUCUUCUUCAUGAACCUUUUCAAUUUUCCUCAAUUUUCCUUCAAGAGUUUCCUCUAGGUUUCUAUGAAGUCUUUAUAACUGGGUACCAAACAAGAUUCCGCUUGACUUUUUUUUUUUUAUAAAAAUUUUGUGUCUGAUAACUUUUAAUUCAACUACAUACAUGUAUUAGGAAAUAUGUGUGAAGGAAAUACUGUGAGGACAAAAAUAGAAAUAAUUGUUUAAAUGGGUGCACCUGAUGCUUACACACUAUGCAUGUUAUCUAAAUUAAAGGAAUGCUUGUCUUUUCACUACCUGUUAAAGGCAAUUUAGAACUUGUGUGCUAUCACAAUAGCAAAAUUACCUCUAGUGAACCUUUAAUUACUCAUACAGAAUUAUUUUUAUGUCUGAUUCCGUUAAUCGACGUAACCUCAUUUUAAUACUGUUUUUGCCCUUUUUGGUUGAUUUGACUUAUUUGAAUAACUGUUAAUCGGACAUACCAGUUAACAUCAGUUAUGCUACUUGCAAAACAAUUGGCUAGUGUUUAUGUUGUAAUGGCUAUUUUGAUCAUAUGGUACAGAUAAUGGCAAGGCUUAAAAUAAUACAGGUUUUGGUUCCUUUGAUAUUUUUGAAAUCAGUGGUAUAACUAUAGGGGAAACACACCCCGCAGCCGCAGGGAGGUCUGGACUGCAGGGUCUGCUUCCUCUAUUGCCAACAAGAACCCUCCCUUUCCCCAGCGCUCUCUUACUUGGUGGGGAAACAGAGUGCGGCAGCAUGGAGGGAUAGUGGGCGGAGUCUGGGCUAGGAGUGGGUGGAGUCCAGGCGGGAAGAGGGCGAGAGGAUGGGGAUCCGAGUGCGCCGGGCCACUCUGAAGAUUUUUUUUCAGGGGGGCCCAGGGCACUCUAGUUUGCCACUGUUUGAAAUGUUAGAGAACCAGACACUGACAUCAUGCCUGGCAACAAUACAGUUGGAUGGUUUUUUUACUUAUUUUUUUAAUUACCUUUUUCAUAUUACUCUCUUCUUAUUUUACACUAGUGUCACAAUUUUGAAAGGAUCUACACAUAGUUCCAAUAGCUCAUGUAUUUUCAGCCCACCCUAAGAUCACUUAUGGAGAUGAAUGCAACUUCCAUAAGACACUUACCAGGAAGUUACAGGAUCUACCAUGCCAUUCAUGGUUCAAAAAUUCUAUUGUAACAAUAUACAGUCGUUUAUCUGCCUAAGGAUAGGACUUCACAGACAAUUUGUGCAUUCCGACGCGCUACGCAAAAACGCAGGAGUCACAUCAGAUGCGACAGAAAUAAGGUAAGUAAUAGAAAUGUCGGAUGAAUUUGCAGCGUUCAUCUGACGCAUCACGUCGGAUCAUCGCUGCGACACCAUCUGACAAUGCAUUCACUUACGUUAUUUCUGUUGCAUACAACGUGACGCCUGCGUCGGAUUGCGUGGAACUCGUCCAUGAAGUCCUACCUUAAAGGUGGCCAUACACGUACCAAUAACAAGACUGAAAAUUUUGAUGGUGCAUGAACAUCAUAACGUUAAUGCUGAAUCGUCAGAAAGGGCUAAAUAUUCUUUUUAUUUUUACCUGAAUAUCCGACUAUUCAACUUUAAACAUUAGUAGAGUGGACAAAAGAUCUUUCGUACGACCAAUGGUUGUGGGGAAAGGUUAUAAUUGUAGUGUGCAUGACCACCUUAUAGCUGGCUAUACACACAAAGAUUAAGUUGUACGAAACAAAGCUUUGUAUGAUUUUCAGGUUAGAAGAUGUCUGACAGUUAAUGAUAAUAUCCCUGCAUGUAUAACAUAACUUUUGUACAAUUGCCGUCAUCGGCAGAACGUAGUCUGAUUUGUUCUUUUACUACUUUAUCUAUUUAAUCUGAAUGGUAAGUGGCAGGUUGGGAGAUUGCAGGGAGAUUGCAACUCGCGAUCGUUUGUCAGACAUGGGAUAGAAUCUUUCUAUUGCCAGCUUUACUGAAGUACGUGACCUCAUUAUAGCCAGUAACUAGUUUAUAUUUAGAAAAAUGCAUUUGUUUGCAUUAGACUUAAUGCAAGUUUUGUUGUUCCCGAACUGUUGGAUUUAUACUUAUCCUUUUUUUUCUCAUGCAAAACACAUUCACUCCAUGUUUAAAAUUGUUUAGCAUAAAAUGAGCUUUGCAACAUUACAUGCCUAACCUAAUAUUUUUUCUAACGGCUUUACUAGAACAGUGCAAGUUUAUAGUUUACAGUAGCUGUUACUGUUGUUUUGUAUGGUUGGGAAGAGAGCCUCAGCCAAGGCAAACAAUAUAGCAUAGUUUCCACUAUUGCUAUAAUUUAUAAACACAAAUAUACUCUGGACAAAUGCUCUUUGCACACAAAUUAUGCCUUUAUUAUACUUGUAUUAAUUCCGCCAUGAUGUUGGGACUGGAUUGGGAUAUCACUUGAAAAUUGUGCAUCUUUCUUUGCAAACUUUUCUGCCUUUGAUUCCUAAUAACUUCAUAAUGUAAGCAUAUUUUUUAAAUAUGCUGCCCACUUCUGUUCUCCUAUACACAAAUGUUGAGGUGCAAGGUAAUAGUGGAAAUAUAUAGAGAAUAAGUUCGGCAACACCUUUAAUACAUGUGUAAAGAGAAGUCCUGGUUUUGCUGGUCUUUUACAUAUAUACACACAGCCCAUUCUGAUAUUGAGAAACUAUUUGGUUGACUGGAUAGUCUAUCAAAUACUUCCAAGCCAAGGAAAAAAAAAA